CGUCUUUCGCGACGCGCAGUGGUUCUUUCAGAGAGAUCGAUCUCACGAAUAUCUCCCAGCAAGUGCCUGUAUCUCUAAACAGCUCAAAUCACCUCGGCGCAGCGAAUUCGAUACGACGACAACCACGACAGACUACGGACGUUUGUUAAUCAUGUCAGCCCAAGCGCCGUACGGAGCCACGCAAGGCGUUGGCUACCAGGAUCCCGCUGCUGCUCCUCUCGACGAAAAGAGCGACAAAUCUGUCCGUCAAGAUUCCACUCAGGAUGUCGAGUCAGGCGAGCUCGUCAACGGUGGCAAGCCCAAGGAUCUCGAAAAGGUCGACAGCGAAACCAUCACCAUUCACGAGGGCGAAGCCAAGUUCAAGCGGCUCGGAUGGGUCAAGCUGACCGUCUGCAUGAUCGUCGAGGCCAUUGCUCUGGGCUCGCUGAGUAUUCCCAGCGCCUUUGCUGCUGUCGGCAUGAUAGGCGGCGUCAUCUUAUGUGUCAGCCUUGGGCUUAUCUCCAUCUACACCAGCUAUCUUGUCGGUCAGGUCAAGCUCAAGUACCCCAAUGUCACGCACUACGCUGAAGCGGUCGGACUGAUCGGAGGUCGUGUUGGCUUCGAAAUCACCUCGGUCAUGUUCAUCCUCGUGCUCGUGCUCCUGCUCGGAUCCCACGCUCUCACUGGUACCAUCGCCUGGGUUAGCAUCGUCAGCGACCCAACGGUCUGCGCACUGGUUUUCAGCGUGGUCUCAGCAAUUCUCAUCUUCAUUCUCGCCUUGCCACCAUCUUUUGAGGAAUUUGCAUGGCUUGGCUAUGUCGACUUCGUCUCCAUCCUCGCCGCCAUUUUCAUUACCGUUGUCGCGACGGGCGUACAAGCUGCCGGUCAACCCGGUGGGCUCGCCGCGGUGCCCUGGUCUGCUUAUCCACCACCUGGGAUGACCUUCUACCAAGCAUUCGAGGCCACCACGAACAUUGUUCUUGCCUACUCCUUUGCCAUCUGUCAGUUCUCCUUCAUGGACGAGAUGGCCGUUCCCAAGGACUACAUCAAGUCCAUCUGGGCGCUGGGCCUCAUCGAGAUAUUCAUCUACACUGUCACUGGUGCACUGAUUUAUGCCUUUGUUGGACCUACCGUUCGCAGUCCCGCGCUUCUCUCCGCCGGUUCGACCGUCGCUCGUGUCGCGUUUGGAGUUGCGCUGCCAGUCAUUUUCAUCUCAGGUAGCAUCAACGGCGUCGUCGCAGGACGAUAUAUUCUCCGCCGCGCCUUCCCUCACGGAACCAUUCAAUACGUCAACACCCUCAAGGGAUGGCUCGUCUGGGUGCCCCUGAUCGGCCUGCAAGUACUAGUUGCCUGGAUCAUUGCCGAAGCCAUUCCAUUCUUCAACGCGCUGCUGGGUCUGAUCUCAUCGUUGUUCAUCAGCGGCUUCAGCUACUACUUCCCGGCCAUGUUUUGGUGGUUCCUUCUCAAAGAGGGCGCCUGGAACAAGGACUGGCGAAACAUCAGCCUGACCAUUGUGAACGCCGCCGUGUUCAUCAUCGGAAUGGCCAUCCUCGGAUGCGGUACCUACGCGAACGUCCAGGAUAUCGUGGAUCAAUACGCCCAGGGCAAAGUCAGAAGUAGCUUUGCGUGUGAGCAGUCGGCCUACAGCUAAAUUCGCGGAGAGUCUUUUUCCAGUCACGGGAGCGGGUUAUAAUGACGGGCGUUUUGGUGUUUCGAAAGCAUUGGCGCAAUGGUGGUCAUUAU